GGAACUUUUCAGCUGCACAGAAUUACUUGCUGAGUGCCACAGAAAUGGUAAUGAAAUGACAGUCUGUCAUGACGUGCUUGCAUUUUGUUUUUGUUUCUUUCUCAAGCAUUUCCCCAUUGAUUCCACUGUUCUGUUCAAAUAACCUUGCAUGUUUGUUUUUCCAAGGGCAUUUAAUCCAAUGCAAUUCUCUGACAUGUGCGGUUGUGUAGAAAAUAUUUAAUUUGAUUUUGGUAAAUGCAGUGUGCACAUUUACCACAAUAUUAAAUGUACUGUUUUAUGCAUAGAGUGAAGAAUGCAUUUGUGUGUGUUUAACAAGCAACACCAUUCUGUCCAGAUUUUCUUAUGAAUGCCAAUAAUGUGUAACACAUUCGAACUCCUGUUGUGACAUCAGGCAACUCACUGGACUUUUAAACCAGUGUAUGAUCUAUUGUUCCAAAGCAGUGUCAGUUUGCUGGUCAUUCAAGAUUCCAGUCGGGGGUGUCUAUGCUGAUAAGAUCACAUAAGGGGUUAAUGUCCAGGGUUUGUUCGUCUGACCAGACAGGAACUGCUUGCUUUACUCAGUGGGGUGUGUAGGUACGACUGAAGAAGAGAGGGUAAUUCAAGGCACAAAUUCCACUACAAUGUUAUGCAAGCCAGACGAUGAACAUUGUGUACCACAAAGGCAUAGUUGAAGCAACAACAAAAGCAGUGCAUGAGUUACAAAAAAAGUUUGAAGCACUGUUUUUCAUAGCAGGUAUAAAUGGGGGAGGGGAAGACGUUGAUUAGGUCACAAUGGCAGCCAUUUGACUAUGUGUAGAUUUAGAGACAAGUUAAGUGUGUGUCUAGAGGGGUGUGUCUUGUCUCCAAACUUUGCAUGCAGCUUUGACUGACCUAGCUAAAAGAUUCAAAUCCACAACAAUGCAGUAAAGAUAAAAAGUCAAAGAUUUGGGACCUUGGUUUGCAUUAUAUGUAUGUAUAUGUAAGAAAUUAUUAUUUCUUAUUUUUUUUUAGCAAAUAUGCUGAUCAAAGUAUUAAGCAACAUAACUGUUUUCAGAAUUGAAAAUAUAGGAAAUGUUUCCUGAGCACCAAAUCGGCAUAUUUAGCUGAGUAAAAAAAAUAUAUUUUAAAAUAGAAACCAGUUACUUUAAACUGUAAUGAUAUUUCACAUAUAAUUGUUUUGACUCUAUUUUGAUCAAAUAAAUGCAGCCCUAGUGAGCACAAGAGAUAUGAAAGAUCUUUAGAGUAAGUGAUAUUCUUGAUGAGGAUUGAGGGUUACGUAAGUACAUCAUGGUCGUUUUACUUUGCUGAUAAUGUUAGUUCUGAUUUAGCUAUAUGGCUAGUUUGCAGAAGCCGCCACUAACAUGUUUAUUAUUUCACCAAGAAACUUGGGAGACCGGUCCUUGUAUGGAAAAAUAAAUGGCUCUGGCAGGAGAUUCACUUGCCAGGAUUUAAACGCUCCUCUGUCUGGAGGCUGGAAAACGCCUUCCAAAGUUUGAUUUGCAUGUCAUUAAAACGUAUGUGUGUGGCGAAGCAGUGUAUCCUCCAUUGUGUGCUACUCUUUUGUUAAGUAUAGUAAUUUGGACAACCAAUCAGACUUUUCAGCUUUCAUAUGUGACUAAGAACAGCAGGAUGGAGUGGGAUUUGCCUCUACCCUUUCGUAUGAGUGCUUGAGAUUUUCUGGCUUUCAAACGGACAGUUCUAAAAAUAAUCCAUUUGCUGGUCGUGUUCCAUAUUAAGUUCCGGCUCAAUUCACAAGGAACAAAAAGGCAGGAGACCUGCUGUUGUACAGGGUUUUGGGGUAGGAUUGGGGUGAAAGACGCUUUCUUCUUCCCCACGUUGCUUGGAGGAAUGGGGGAGCCGAAUGCAGAGGUCAAGGUGGUGAACGAAGAAGCUGAGGCCAAGCCACAGCAGGCACAUAAAAAUGGAAAGAAGGCAGAGGUUGGAGGAGGAACCUCGUUUUUCACCUGGUUCAUGGUUUUGGCUCUCUUGGGCGUCUGGACGUCUGUAGCUGUGGUGUAUUUUGACCUUGUUGACUAUCAAGGUGUAAUUGCCAAAGCAAAGGACUUGCGCUAUAAUCUUUCAGAGGUAUUACAAGGUAAACUUGUGUCCUAUGAUGCUGAUGGUGAUGGAGACUUUGAUGUGGAAGAUGCUAAAGUACUACUAGGGCUGAAAGAUAAAUCCACCAUUGAGACCAGUGAAUCAUUUGAGGGAACCCCUACUGAACCCGUGGAAGAAGCUCCUGAAUCUAUCGUGGAGGAAGAAAUCCAGGCUACUAAAGUUGAAGAAGCAGCUCAGCCACCACCGGAACCAGAGACUGUGGAAGAGGAGGCAUUUCCUCUGGAAGUAGACGAAGAGCCCACUGCUGUAGAAGAUGAAGUAGCUGAGGAGGAACCAGAGGUUGAAGAGGAGCAAGAAGUUCCUGAGGAAGAACCAGAAGUUGUGGAGGAAGAGCCUGAGGUUACAGAGACUGUUCCAGUUGAGGAAGAGGCUUUUGAGGAGGCAGUGGAAGAGCCUGCAAAAGAGGAAGAGGUCAUACCAGUUGAAGAACCGGUUGAGGAAGCUGCUCAAGUGGAAGAAGCAGUAGAGGAGGCUGCACCAGUAGAAGAAGCGGUUGAGGAAGUGUUGGAGGAAGAGGCUGCAUCAGUAGAAGAAUAUGCACCACUGGAAGAGGCAGUAGAAGUAGUUGAAGAGGUUGCACAGGUGGAAGAAGCAGUGGAGGUAGUGUUGGAGGAAGAGGCAGCAUCAGUGGAAGAGACAAUAGAAGAGGAUCCACCAGUGGAAGAAAUGGUAGAGGAAGCUGCGCCAGUAGAAGAAGCAGUUGAGGAGCUUGAACCAGUAGAAGAAGCUGUGGAAGAGGUUGUACCAGUAGAAGAAGCAGUCGAGGAGCUUGUACCAGUAGAAGAAGCAGUCGAGGAGCUUGUACCAGUAGAAGAAGCAGUCGAGGAACUUGUACCAGUAGAAGAAGUAGUAGAGGAACCUGAAACAACAGAACCAGUGGAAGAAGUAGAAGCAUCCGAAGAGACAGUUGAGGAAUCAGUCUCUGUAGAAGAAACUGUAACAGAAGAGGAAGUUAUAGAGGAAACAGAUGAGCCAUAUCAGGAAGAUGAGGAAGUACAAGACUCCACAUUGGAGGAAACAGAGCUUGAAGCAGAGAAUAUGGAAUAUGAUGAAGAAGAAGAAGAAGAAGAAGAAGGAGAGGAUGCAGCUGCUGAGGAAGAGCAGCCUGAGGAGGACAUAACAGAGGAAAUUAACCAAACAGAAGAACAAAUUGAAGUAGAGCCCACAGAAACAUAAAACAUUAGGCGGUAUGUAAGAUGCGGAGAGGACCAGCACCACAUGGCAGUCCACUGGAAGUGUGCAGCUGCCAGUUCCCACCAUGGACUUAAAAAAAAAAAAAAGAGAACGCUACUAUUUCCCUUUCAUUUUUUUUUUUUUUUUUGACAUUCAAGUCUGUUUGUUAAUUGAUAAUGCAAGUCUCUUUGUGUACAAGUACACAAUUAUUUAAAUGUUUUGUCAACUUUUGUUUGGUGGUUUGACCCUUUUUCCCCUUUUGAAUCCCUUUUAUGUAAUUACAGACAAAGCUUUUUCCCUAUCCUCUAACAUAGAUGUGAAGUAGCUUUUUUUUGAAUGAUCAUGGACGAUAGCUUGGUUGUAGUUUCCUAUCCUGUGUACAAACACCUUCAUGUUGCUUUGUAGCUCAGAGAUCUUCACAUUCUACUCGGCACUGAAUUCAUCAGUGUUUCUCUCUUCAUCAAAUCUGACGUUUUGCUUUAAUGUGAAGGUACUAUGCAAAGCUGCACUGAUCUUUCGCUAUUUUUACCCGUAGGUUUUGUACUACCAAUAUGUAUUGAGUCUACAUUUCCAAUAUUGCAUAUCAAGGACAAGUUUAUGCUGGCAGGUUAACCAAGAUAAUUGCUAUGUGAACUGUGUAUGGAGUGAAUGGGCGUGCAUGUGCAUGUAUGUGUUUGUCUAUUUGGAAAUUUGUGUUUAACGAUGCGAAACAAUCAUUUGAGCCAUUUUUCUCACUAGUAUGUUUUCAUGGUGUUUUCUGAUGUGUUUUCCAGCGUACAGUCAACAUUUUAGUACCUCUGUUGAUAUUUUCCUCAAUACUGUAGCUGAUAUGCUAAGAGAACUUGUUUUUGCAUUUCACAUUUUUAAACUCUGUUGCAUAGCAUUGCCCCCAUCCUAUUUUUUUUAUUUAUUUACACUUUUGCCUCCUGUUUCAUAGGCUCAUGAUUUGACAAGCUCUGUUUCAGGUAGACACUCCAGCUGCUGUGCAGUAUGCGUAUGACAAACAGUGUUGUUUAAUUGGGUGUCCACUGGUGAAGGAUGCCCACAUCAAUAUGGAGCAACCUAUUUUACACAAUGUUUUGUUUUAUAGCAGGGUGAAGAUCUGACCUAGUGCUUUUUGUGGGACGUCAUAAAUCAGUAUAUCCUUAUUAAUUUGUCAAAUGUCAUGCACUGCCUUUGUAUUGACACAGUGCAUUUAUUCUGGCCCUUUCAAUUGUUGCAGGCACAUCUGUAAGAAUACAAUACAAUUUUGUUCUUGUACAUUCAAAAAAACAAACAAAAAAGAUGACUGGUUAUUUUGUAACUUCAAUAUCAUAGCAAGUCAAAAGUUGUUUGUAUUUACUAUUAAUAUUGUCAUGUGUUGUUUUUUUUACAACACAAUGUAGCUUUCACUCUUGAUGCAAAGUAGUUUAAGAAUUGUAAAACUUGCUUGAUCUUUUGAAGGAAACCCAAUCCUGGCUCCUGAAUUGUUUGACUGUGGAAUUUUUUUUUUUUAUUGUAAUGUUGUUACACUGUGGUUUUACGGGGCCUGCCAGAAUAGAUGUUGUUUUUGUGAUAGACUUUAGGAAAUGCUGCAGAUCUCUUCAAAACAAUGGUUUCAUAACAUAUACAGGUGGCUGAAAUAUAGUUUUUAGGGUUUGUUUUUCUUUUUCUACAACACUAGAGGGUGUUUUGGACCCUUAACACUUUUGAAGUCAAUGUGAAUUUUUAAAGUGGUAUUCAUUUUACAAAGUAACAACUUUUUUUUUUUUUUUGGGGGAUUUUUAAGGAUUUCUUUUAUUUAGAUUUGACAUUUUAUAGUCAAAUUGAAUGAAUUUUAUGAAAGUGUUAACUUUUCAAAGCCAUAUGUGAAAGGUUGGAUAUAGCAGCCUUAGUACAGGUUGUGCUUCAAAGGACAGACAUUUCACAACCAGCAAUAACACCAUUUGUGAAGGGAGCAUUUCUUUUUGAAAUCCAGAUAUAAAAAGAGGUUUACUCGAGGCUUUCUAUCCAGAGGUUUACAUGAAAUCCUGCUGUAUAGGCUAACUCAUUUUAAGUUAUUGAGGCAAUGCAAUUUUAGGGAGUUUUGGGUGACGUUUCACAGAUAUGUAAACAACUGUAAAUGUUUUGUUUGAGUGCUGCAAUAAAGGUUGGGUACAACAAGA